AUGCAGUCCUCUGGGGCUCGCCACCCCAAAGAUGCUUUUGCCAGUAUGUACGAAUUCAACUCAACGAGGCUUAAGAAAGACCACCUCAACGAUUCAAGCCCUGUGCCGGAGAACGGCAGGACCAAACCAGCGUUUGCGAACCAGAGAGUCCCUUUCAACCCACAGACGGGCCCGAAGAAGCUUGUUGUAAAGAACCUACGGGCUGCCACGCGCUUGGAUACACGGGCGUACUUUGAAAAGACAUGGAAAGAGAAUGACAAAGCUCUCGAUGCCAUAUUCAAGAACGAGAAGGAUCCAUAUUCGUUAGAAGAACUAUACAAAGGUGCAGAACAUACGUGCCGGCACGGCCACAGUGCGGACCUCUAUGAGCAUCUGAGCACGAAGUGCGAGACCCAUCUCAAUGGCAAUGUCAGAGAUCGCAUCCGGCGCGAAGAGUCAAAUUCUUCAGACGUCGACGUCCUCAGAGCACUCGUCAAUGCCUGGCAGACUUGGCAGAAACAACUGCAGACCGUCCGGCAGAUCUUCUUCUACAUGGACCAGACAUAUUGCCUUCGUACUCCAGACAAGAUGAGUGUCUUACAAAUGGGCUUGAGCAAGUUCAGGUCUUCAGUGUUUUAUGACCCAUUUAUAAGGCAGAAGUCACUUCAAGGCAUCAUAGCUUUGAUCGAAUCCGAUAGGAGAGGAAACCUCAUUGAGACUGACGCCAGGCUCCUGCGCCAAGCGGUCGACACUUUCCAUCAGCUGAGCAUUUAUACCAGCGACCUUGAACCUACGCUUUGCGCCACUACGGAAGAAUAUUUCAAAGCAUGGAGAGAUACAGAGUCUAACAAGGACUCACUAGGUGAUUAUGUCAAUAACUGUACUGCUCUUCUGGCCCGAGAGAUGGCGAGGUGCGAUUCCUUAUCUCUGGACCGCAACACGAGAAUCCGAGUGUCACGCCUCUUUGAUACCAUCCUCGUGGAAGAGGAGCUCGAAACGCUUACCAAUGAGGACGGCAUCUUGGAUCUUCUCGAGGACGACAAAUCAGCAGAGCUAGAACGACUGUACACUUUGCUGCAGCGCAAAGGACACGGAGAAUUGAUUGCGCCGAGUUUUAGUAAGUAUGUUGAAACAGAAGGGUCUUUGAUUGUGUUUGAUGAGCAGAGGGAGUCCGAAAUGGUCAUUAGGCUGCUUGAUUUCAAGCGGCGGCUGGAUCAUUACCAUAAAUACUCCUUCCAUGGCAACGAGGCAUUGGGCAAUGCCCUUCACAAAGCCUUUGAGACAUUCAUCAACAAGACCAAAAAAUCCCAGUCAAAUUGGGACACGGAUAAUGCUAAGCCAGGAGAAAUGAUUGCGAAGCAUGUCGACCUUCUGCUCAAAGGCGGCGUCAAAGCCGUUCCCCGGCUUCAAACACACAAACAAGAUCCAUCCAAGCCUGAGGAAGAGCAUGAUUUCGAUGAUGGCGCUGCUGACGAGGACGCUGAAAUCAAUCAACACCUGUCUGACGCAUUAGACCUCUUCCGUUUCGUCCAUGGUAAAGCCGUCUUCGAAGCCUUCUAUAAAAAAGACUUAGCUCGCCGUCUACUCUUGGGUCGGAGCGCCUCGUUCGAUGCCGAACGGAAUAUGCUCACCCGCCUGAAAAAUGAGUGUGGUGCGGCAUUCACGCACAAUCUGGAGUCCAUGUUCAAGGACAUGGAUCUAGCUCGCGAAGAGAUGAUGUCUUAUAAUCAGCUCAUGGAUGACCGUGGCGGCAGGGCUCCGGGUCUGCCAGAUUUGCAUGUCAAUGUUCUUUCUGCAGCCGCCUGGCCAACUUACCCAGACGUGGCGGUGAACAUUCCUCCGCACAUUGCCAAAGUCAUGUCGGAUUUUGAGACGCACUACAAGGCCAAACACUCUGGUCGUAAACUGACCUGGAAACAUUCUUUGGCACACUGUCAGCUACGAGCCAAAUUCCCCAAGGGAAACAAGGAGCUCAUGGUGUCGGGAUUCCAGGCCGUCGUGCUUCUGCUUUUCAACGACAUCCCGGCAGACAAACACCUGACGUACAACGAGAUCAAAGCCGCCUCGGGCUUGGUCGAUGCCGAGCUGAAGAGAACGCUCCAGUCCCUGGCGUGCGCCAAGUAUCAAGUCCUCCGCAAGCACCCCAAGGGUCGCGACGUGAACGAAACAGACACAUUCACCUUCUCACAGUCGUUUACCGACCAGAAACUGCGCAUCAAGAUCAACCAGAUCCAACUCAAGGAAACCAAGGAAGAGAACAAAGAGACACACAUCCGGGUGGCGGCGGACCGGCACUACGAGACGCAGGCGGCGAUCGUGCGCAUCAUGAAGAGCCGGAAGAAGAUUGGGCACAACGAGCUGAUUGUCGAAGUCAUCAAAGCCACCAUGACCAGGGGUGUAUUGGACCAGGCGGACAUUAAGCGGAAUAUCGAAAAGUUGAUAGAGAAGGACUACAUGGAGCGAGAAGAGGGCAACACGUACUCCUACGUCGCGUAG